GCUUCACUAUCAAUCAGAAUCAUCAACAUGUCCAACUGGUCCCUACCUUCCGAGAUUACCCUGUUCAAACGAAAACUAUUACGCCGGCUGAAAUGGAUCAACAUGGUGAGGCCGAAUGUCGCCGUCCGCAAGAUCGUCUUGGACCACGAAGGAUUGCCCAGACGAGGCAGAAUGCCUACGGAAAGAGAGGAUUUUCUACCGAUCGAAACCACAGUCGAGGAGCUGGAAGAAGUCAUACGUACACCAGAUAUCGAAGAGUCGCUGAUGCUCAAAGAUGACCACGGGGUGAACAUUUUACCACUCCUUACCUUGCAAUCUAUGCUGCGCGACAGACCUCCAGUCACCCACGACAUCUGGGAAGAUGCACUUCAACGACUUGACAAAUUGUUGGCGGGGGGCAGACAGGGCGGAGCGGACUGGUGUCGCAAACAUCGUGUUUUCGAAAUCUUCUGCGUCGUCAUGAUAGCGAGGCAAAAGUGCAAGGACGACCUUGCCGUUUUGAACAAUAUCACAUCGUACGCAUCGGUGCGAUUGAACCAGUUUAAUCUCUUCAACACUCUGAAAUCAGUGGUAGGGAUAGGGGAAACAGGACUUCACGAUGGGAAUUUGCAUACUCAUACGAUUUCUGCCACCGAGAUCUCGGCGUUGGAGGAGCAUUUGAGCCUUUGGACCACCUCUGAGGAGAUCGAGGUCGAGCUUUUGACGACUCCGGGCUGCCCUCUUACCCAGUACACCCAGUACGACUAG